GCAACAGUCGGCGAUGGCGUGAACGCUCACUUACUGACUCGGCGUUUACGCUCAGCCCCUGUGUGGCUGAGAUUCCCUGCUGCAGUCGGGACGUCUCCGUCUUUUCUCUGCAUCGCCGGCCCCAAAGGAGACAACAUCUAUGAGUGGAGGUCGACCAUCUUGGGCCCUCCGGGCUCCGUGUACGAGGGAGGAGUCUUCUUCCUGGACAUCGCCUUCACACCCGACUACCCAUUCAAACCCCCCAAGGUAACGUUUCGCACGAGGAUCUAUCACUGCAACAUCAACAGUCAGGGAGUGAUCUGUCUGGACAUCCUGAAGGACAACUGGAGCCCCGCCCUCACCAUCUCCAAGGUGCUGCUGUCCAUCUGCUCCCUGCUCACAGACUGCAACCCAGCCGACCCCCUGGUGGGAAGCAUCGCCACACAGUACCUGACCAACAGAACGGAGCAUGACAGAAUAGCUAAACAAUGGACGAAGAGAUACGCUACAUAGAGCCGUCGCCGCUGCUGCUGCAGCAACUGCGGCGCCCCGUCCUCCCUCCUCAUCUCUGAACCUCUCUCUACCUCUCAUCCUUCGUACGUCAAAGCACACUCACUAAGUGCAACGGUGAACCUGCCCUCCUGUUACCGCCCUCCUCCUCUUCCUCCCCAUUUUAUCUACCUUUUCUGUGCAAAAAACGAGAAAAUUUUAAACAAAAAAAAUGUUCUUUGUUCCUUGUUGACUUGAAAGCUUCUUUUUUAUACAAAGAGUAGAUUGGGAUUUUUAUUUUCCAAUAUCUGAAUGUUGGAAGUAUUGUAUUGGAGAAAAAAACAAUAUCAUUAUUAUCACUUGCAUUGUCCUCUGACUAUACAGUAUGUAUUCUCAUUUUUCUUAGUGGCACCUGGAACAAAACUGCAGAGUAUGCUUUGAAUUUUAAUUUCUUUGCUCGUUUUUUGGAGAUUUUUUUUGUAAUUGUCAUCAGUGACGUUAACUGCAUGGAAGAAGUUUAGCCCCAGUCGAUUCUUCUUGCCUUUAACCUCUUCUGAUUUUGUUUGUACUGUAUGUAUUUUUUCAAAGGCUUUUGAGGCAGACCACUAAAGGUUUGGGUCUGCCUGUGAAAGAGGCAGGACUUGUAUAUUUACUGGCUACCCGCCACCUCUGCCAUGUGCAGAGUGGUUUGUCGUGCACUUGUAUAUCUGAAGCACCCAAUAAAACACUCCGUGGUUGGCUCGUGAGAAAAAA